AUGGUCGCCGCACCGGCAGGCCCGGGAGGUGGAGGUCCGUCUCUCUCUCCGUGCGCCGGCUUCGUCGCGGACUCCCUGAUCCUCCCCACCCGGAACGUCAGGCUCUUCGCGCCGGUCUUGGCGCUCGUCCUCGCCCACACCUUCCUCUUCCUCGCCGUCGCCGUCCACUUCGCCCACGAGUACGCCCUGUCGGGCCCCACGAUCUGGUUGCACCCAGCGGCGCUGCUCGUCCUCCACCUAGCGUACCUCGCCAGCAAGCUCGCCACGCAGGCCGCCGUCGCGCUCGCCGCCUGCGCCACGCUCCGCGGCGACCGGCCGCGCUCGCUCGCCGAGCUCGUGCGCGGCACCCCCCGGCCACGCGGCAUCUUCGCCUGCGCCGCGCUGGUCGCCGCCGCGGAGCUCGCGUCGACGGCCGUCCCGGCGUACUACCUCGACUCCUGGUACAGGUACAGCUGGAGCCACUCGGACACCGGCGGCGUGGAGUCGUUCGUGCAGGGCGUCCUGCUGUUCGUCUUCCUCGCCACGCUCCUCCUCCGCCUCUUCCUCGCCGCGGUCUUCCCGGUCGCCAUCGCCGCGUCGGCGACGGCGGCGGCAGAGGAAGGCGGCGACGGUGGUGGCGGCGCGAGCGCGGCCGCUCAUCUCCAGCGCGCGUGGCGGCUCAUGACCGCGGCCGCGAGCUGGAAGGAGGCCGCCCUGCAGGUGCUCGUGGUGAGCGUCGUGCUGCCACUGGCCACCUACCCGGUGUACGCGUUUGCUCUGGACUGCGGGCAGGGCGGGUGCGUGCUUUUGCUGGGCAGCCUGUACGGGUUCCUUCUGCCGUCCGCCGGUGUGCAGCUCUACUCCACGGUGGCCGCCACCGUGUUCUACCACCGGGGCAUGGAGCAGCAGCGUCGUCGUGAUCUUGCCAUUCCACUGAUGAUGAAGGACAUGAAGCUAGGAGGUACCCCGCUAAAUUCUCUGAAAUUGAUUAAGGGUGCGACGAUCGACUGA